AUGGCGUGGUUUGUAAGAGCAUCAGAAGAUGAGGGGCCUACCAUCACCACCACAACAAGGGCGUCUCAUUCCCACAAAGCGUCAUUACCACCAGUGCAGCCAUUGCCGAAACCUUCCAAACUUCUUCAGUUUCUAGAAGACAAACCAAGAGUCGCACAGGCGGUUCAGAGAUGGGUGAUUGAUACGGAUGGAUAUAAGGGUCCCAUUGCUAGUCCACCUGUCAAUGCCGAUGAUCCUAGUAAUGGUGCUCCUCCUCCUCCCCCCAUUGACACUUCCAACUAUGCCUCGUGGCACUUUCGAAGUUUGUUCGUCGUAGAGGCUACUUUGCUGAACACGUCCAUCCUAUUUUUCUUUCUCUUUUUCUGGCUCAUCAAUCGGAAUACGCACUUGAGACCCACAAAGGGAUCGACCAUUGUCCGAAAACACCAAACGGCCGCAUUGGAAGAUGAUGAUAGUUUGCUGGACAGUGAGGAAAGCUUUGACGAUAUUUGUGAUAACGACAAAGAAGAUCAUCAUAUUGAAAAAAAGGAUGAAGCCAACAAGGAUGUUCACAAGGUUCCAACAAGGGAGAGUAUCACCCGCCUCGCUAGUCCUAAAUUCUUACGAAAGGAGGGAAAGGGACGAAGUUCCAAACGAGUAUCGACCAUGCAGCGAUUGGUGGCCUAUGGAAUUGAACAGGCCGACGACGAUGAUGGAUGGGAAUCGGCUACCGAGGCGGAAGAUCUGGACGAUGAAGUCGACAAGUUGGAAUGGGGAAACGCUCUGAAAGAUUUGUUACGAAUCACCCGAACCUUGGGGUAUCUCAACGAAAAGGCAUUGACCAUGUGUGCCAAGUCAGCCACGUAUGAGACGUAUCAAAAGGGUGACGAAAUAUUCAAUGCUGAUACUUUUGACGGGACGCAAUAUGGUCUUGUCUCGGGCAAAGUGGAGCUCAUCUUUCAUGAUUUUGAAAUGCACGACGACUUUUUGGAAAGCAUUGAUGAAAGCAAUGAUGAAAAGAUGAGCUACAAAAAUAACAGCAAUGAAGAGACGGAAGUACGACAACCCUUCAAAUUGAUUCUUGGUCCAGACAAGCAAAUCACCUCCUCACUGGCACUAUUUUGGGGCAUGAUUUCGAAUAUGAAAGACGAUGCCGCGAGAUUGAAUGGUGAUUCGCCAACCAAGAAACGCAAGUGUCCGUUAAGGAUGAGCCUCAAGGUCGUUUCAGACGAUGCCAAAGUCAUUCGCAUCACUCCGGAUUGUCUAUCUCGCGUAUUACAAGAGCAUCCUGAAGACAUUUUUCGAAUCAGUGGCACUGUGCUGAAUCGACUGCAACGAAUCACUGUCCAAACGUUGGUCAAGACACUGGGUCUUCGAGGUGACUUGCUAUCACCAGCUCGUCCCAUUCAGCAAUAUGAAAAGGAUAUGGUAAAUGGUACCGAAUGGAAGCAGUUUGAUCAAGAAAUGAAAAAGACUGGCUUCUGUGAGGGGAAGGAACUUCUGCAUCGAGCCAUCCAACUCUUUCAAGUUCGUCUGGGUAUCAACUCUGAGAUUGAUGCCAAGAGCAGGAAAUUACUAAGUGAUAAUGCGGAAUUGAUAUUGUUCGAAGGCGAAAAGACACUGAUUGAAGCUGCCAGCAAGCACGAAUCUUGCUACUUGCUCUUGACAGGAAACAUGGAAAUUGGUAUCUAUAAUCCCACAGGACGCAAUCGAAGCACGUUUCAUCGCCACCAACUGCUCUAUCCAGGAGCGCUACUGGGAGAACAUGAGUGCUUUACUGGCGAAUUUAGUCUCACGGCAGUCAAGAGUGUUGUCUCCACCGACAGUGCCAAUUGCAUGUUACUGAGGGUUCCCAGGAGCGUUUACAACAAACUCAUUAUUCGAUAUCCAAAAGCCUUGGCAAGAGCCUUGGAUUCUCUUUUGCAUCAAAUUUCAUCGGCUGUCUAUUUGCUGCAGGCAACUUCGGACUGGCUCACUGUCACGGCCGCUACCAAUGUGGCCCGCCGAGGAACGCCCUGUGAUUCCUUGUACAUGGUUCUGAAUGGACGUCUUCGAUCCAGACAAAAGGAUUCUGUUGAUAAGAACGCACCUUUUGAAUAUGGAAGAGGUAAAAUGGUGGGAGAAAUUGGUCUGUUGGCAAAUUCCUCGUGGCAAUCCGAUUUGUACGCGAUUCGACACUCGGAGAUUGCCAAGGUUCCAAUCGAGACUUUGCUGUCCAUUGUUCACAAGUUUCCAAAGGCUGGUUUGAACUUUGCCAGAGCCGUCGCCUUGCAAGUUCAGGAGCAAAGUCGCCGAAGAGCAUCCAAUCACGCUGCCGUUGCGGCAGGAGGAGGAGGAAUUCCAAGGAGUAUCACCAACAGCACCACUAAUCUGGGCGGAGAUGCAAUGCCGAGCUAUGGCUUGAAUUUGGCAACCAUUGCUGUGGUUCCAAUGGAUUCCACCGCAAUCAAUCUGAACAAGUUUUGUUCCACUUUGACCAAAGGAUUCCAAAAGAUUGCCCCAUCUAGGCUGGUCACCAAGGAAAGUAUUCGGAAAGACUUGGGCGACAAGGGGAUUCGGUACAGGAACUCGGCCCUGAACGAAUUGAGAAUGGUGCGCUCAUUGGCCGAAAUGGAAGAGAAUCAUCGACUAGUCAUCUAUCAAGCAGAUCCCAAGUAUACUUGGUGGACCAGGUUAUGCAUUCAACAAGCAGACUGCAUCCUGCUGGUCGUAAGCUCCGAUCGGGCGCCCGAAGGGGAGCGCAUCGAGCAAUCGUUGGCUUGGGCAUUCGAAUCCAUGGAUGUCCGAAUUGACUUGGUGGUUGUGGGACAAGACCAUAAAGUCGAACAAGACGAUAGCGAUGACGAAGACGACGAAGAUUUUGAUUUGAAAGAUGACGAAGAAAUGAAUGUCAGUGACCAACUUAACAAUUGGAGCGAAAAGCGAAAAUGGAUUUCGGGACAUCACUUGGUGCGGGCUCCGAUUGGACGGCACAAGUUGGACUUUCAUCGAUUGUGUCGUCGCGUCACUGGUCGAGCGGUGGGCCUAGUCUUGGGUUCGGGCGGUGCCAGAGGGCUCGCUCAUCUCGGCGUAAUGCGAGCACUGAAAGAGGCCGGAGUGACGAUCGAUUUGGUUGGUGGAACAUCUCAAGGGGCUUUUGUGGGAGCCUUAUAUGCCAGACAACCAGACGACUUGGUUGGAGUGGAGAGCGAGUGCCGUAAAAUGGCAGCUGAAAUGUCGAGCAUGAGGAGCAAGCUCUUGGACUUGACACUACCAAUGACAAGCAUAUUCAGUGGCUACAUGUUCAAUCGGGGGAUUCGGAAACGAUUGGGAAACCUCCGAGUUCAAGAUUUGGUUCUAAACUUCUUUUGCGUUUCAGUUGACCUGCAAAAGCAGAAAGAAGUUGUCCAUAGGAAAGGAUUGCUUUGGAAGUAUGUCCGUGCUUCCAUGUCGUUGACUGGAUAUCUUCCACCAGUUGCCGAAGAUGGCCAGCUUUUGGUUGAUGGUGCCUACAUGAAUUCCGUGCCGGUCGACGUGAUGAAGCACCAAAUGGGAGCUCGAGUUGUGAUUGCAAUUGACACGCAUGGCGAGUCGGAACGUGAUCACUACAUGUGGGGCAAUAGUUUGAAUGGUUGGUGGGUCUUGUGGAAUUCUUUGAAUCCGUUUUCCGAAACUGUUAGAAUACCUUCCAUGGGUGAUAUAUCAAUCUUGCUGCAAUGGGUCUCUUCAGAUCAACACAGACGGAACAACAGACUUCUCAGUGAUUUGUAUUUGGUACCUCCAGUCGGAGAAUAUGGAACUCUGGAGUAUGAAAAGAUGGACAUUAUUGUCGAAAAGAGCUACAACUAUGCCAAGCCUAUUGUUGAUGAAUGGGUCAAAAAGAAUCCGUGGUUGAUCUCGAAUGGAAAGCUUGCACCCAAAGCGACAACAUUCACAUCGACAGUUCCGACGUUGGUCAAAAAUGAGUAA